UUCCGUGUCACGUGCGGGAGAUUCGAGCGGCUGAGGGGGAGUCGUUUCAGGCAGCCGCCGACCGCGGGGGAGAUGUCCGCCCUGGGGGCUGCGGCCCCCUACCUGCACCCUGCCGGCCCGGUCAGCUUCCUGGGGCCGCAGCUGCCCCCCGAGGUAGCGGCCCUGGCCCGCCUGCUGGGCGACGUGGACAGGAGCACCUUCCGGAAACUCCUCAAGCUGGUGGUCAGCGGCCUGCACGGGGAGGACUGCCGCGAGGCCGUGCAGCAUCUGGGCGCCGGGCUGCCGGAGGAGCGCCUGGGGGCCCUGCUGGCCGGCACGCACACGCUGCUGCGCCGGGCCCUGCGGCUGCCGCCCAGUAGCCUCAAGGCCGAGCCCUUCAGGGAGCAGCUGCAGGAGCUCGGCCUUCCCCAGGACCUGGCCGGGGAUGUGGCCAGCGCCGUGUUCGGGAGCCAGCGGCCGCUCCUAGACGUGGUGGCCCGGCGGCAAGGUGCCGGGUUGCCCCGCCUGCAGGACUUCCGCUGGCGGGUGGACGUGGCCAUCUCCACCAGCGCUCUGGCACGCUCGCUGCAGCCCAGCGUGCUGGUGCAGCUGAGGCUAUCCGAUGGGGCCACGCACCGGUUCGAGGUCCCCGUGGCCAAGUUCCAGGAGCUGCGGUACAGCGUGGCCCUGGUCCUGAAGGAGAUGGCGGCGCUGGAGAAGAAAUGCGAGCUCAAGUUGCAGGACUAAGCCUGGCCUGGUCAGUGAGAGCCGGCGCCUGCAUGGAGACGGGCUCGCUGUUCGGACGGCUGGGUGCAGCAGGUGCCCAUUGUUAGAAGUAAGGGCUUCCCAAGCUGCACCCCGGGGCGGUCAGCUCAAGGCCAUUCCGGGCCAGGGCCCUUUGGACGACGUCCUGUCCUGGCCCAUUUGCUUCGUGAAUCUUCCAGCAAUGUCUGGAUUUGCAUUCUGUCUUGGAUCCUAGUCUGCAUGGCGCUGACACCAGUGGGUUAAUGGGAAGAGAAUGCACAAUAAAAGCAAAACUCCAAAACAGCUUUUGUAGCUUGUUGAGUAAAGGCAGGACGCAGGUGUCAGGCGACCUUCUAGAGGGAGGGAGAGGACAGGUGGCUGGGGAGUGACCAGUGGGAAGCAGGGCUGGGAGAGGAACAGGGAGAGCCUAGAGGCCUCUAGGAGGGCCUUGGCUCACACAGAAUCAGAGGAGGAGGGACGUGGCCUGCUUGGGCCCCGGGAGAGCCAGCAUUGGGCCUGUGGUGGCCGCCUUGCUGCUCUGUGCUCUGGUAGACUCCUCACAGAACUUGUUGGCCAGCAGACGGCUCACGAGUGUCAGGGUCAGCAGACCGGAACUGCUGGAACUUCCUCUUUAAAGACUUAUUUUUUUCAUUGGAAAGGCAGACCAGAUUUUACAGAGGAGAAAGUUCAU